AUGGUACCCACAGGAUCGUCAAAUACAAAUCCGGACCUCACUCUGGCUUCGAAGCUGUUGUCGAAAGAGUUGGCCAUGCUCAGCACCCAGCCCACUAUGGCAAACAUGGACAUGGUGGACACGGUGGAGUUGGUGGUACCAGCUACGUCGGAGUCACCCACUGGAGCAACCAAGGUUCAGAAGGGGGUCAUGGAGGACACGAUCAUUCUGUUAGCCACCCUCGUUGCUGUAGCUGUAGCCAAUGGUGGACAUGAUAACGCCCACUACAAAUUCGAAUAUGGUGUCCACGACCCCCAUACCCACGACCACAAAUCCCAACACGAGCACAGAGAUGGACACCACGCCACUGGAGGGUACACCUUGAAGGAAGCCGAUGGUACCCACAGGAUCGUCAAAUACAAAUCUGGACCUCACUCUGGCUUCGAAGCAGUUGUCGAGAGAGUAGGCCAUGCUCAGCACCCAGCCCACUAUGGCAAACAUGGACACGGUGGACACGGUGGAGUUGGUGGUACCAGCUACGUCGGAGUCACCCACUGGAGCAACCAAGGAUCAGAAGGUGGCCAUGGUGGUCAUGGUGGAUAUUGA